CCCUCCUUUUUGGGUAUGGGGUUUAUGCACCAGCUUGAUCCAAAAUUGGGCUUACUUAGAGAUUCGUAGUUCGUAAGAUGGGCCGCCUGGAGACGAAGAUCCACGAGAAUGGCAGAAUUAUAAAAUUUUUAAAGCCGAUCUUUCGAAAUUGAAGAUACAGGGACUCGUAUCUUGUUUGUUGCUAUUUGGUUUUCAGAAACGGGACAAGAUACGUCUCUCGUAGCUUUGAAGAAGGUGUAUCCUAGUCUAGUCUACUAGGAUCGAUCCGAUCUAAUGGUAUGGGAAGCACAUGCAAGUAUCGAUUGAAGAAGGGAAAACCUCGAUCGAGUUCGCAACGUAGUCAAGAGAGAGUAAUGGGGUCGUCAAAGAGGAGGAGGAAGAACAAGGUGAAUGGCGGCGUGGACGACGACGACGAAGCCAGCAGCGGCAGCCGCGCCCGCGACGGCCUGCUCUACGCGCUGGUGCAGAGGCUGCAGGUGUGCCGGCCGGUGCUGGUCCUCCGCAAGGCGCUCGUCAGGUCCUACCUGAGCCGGCAGCAGAACUACCUGGGCAUCACCCCGGCCGAGUACGACCGCGGCUUCCGCCGGCCGGGGCUGCUCACCGGCGACGAGCACAGCGGCGUGCACCGCGCGGGGGGGCUGCCGGUGCGGGCGCUGGACCGCCGCGGCGUCGAGUACGUCACGGUGCUCGCCCACCUCAAGAAGACGUACCGGCUCCGCGCCGGGUGGGGCGGCUUCCUCCGGAACGCCGGCCUGCUGCAGGACGACGACAGGCACGUCGGCGACGUCGUCGAGGUGUGGGCGUUCCGAUCGCCGGCGUGGGGCGCCAAGCUCGGCCUCGUGCUCCUCCACUACACCAAGGAGGAGGACGCCCAGAUGACGAUGGCGGUGGCCUCCAGGGGUUACCGUCGUCAGCAAGUACGACGGUUGGCUCCUCCACCCAUCGUCGCCGCGGAGGAGGACGACGACGAGGAGGCUACCGCCAUGUCGGCCGCCGUCACCCUUGUGUCCAUGAAACGCAAGCGCAUCCUGAAAGGCUUGCUUGCCGAAACCCCCGAUCGACGCACGAGAAGCGCCCCAGUUGAAUUGAAUAUAUGCAUCCCCGAAGCCGAAACGAUCGAGCAGCCACAUCCCCGCCACCACGCAGAAUUGCAGAUGCCGUCUCUCCUCCGUACUCUCCUGCCGGCGCCAUGGCAUUCGUGGCUGCCAAUCAAUAAGGUUUUAAAUCUCCGGCUACAACUGUUUGAGAGAGAUUUAGCUAAAUUUUUCACGUACAACUUAGCUCUUAGCUACAGCUAUAGUCUGUUUUUGACAUAG